GAAAACUAAACCCAACUAAAGCAGCAGGGGCAACUCCUCACUAGUGCCAGACCGAACGAUGAGCGUGCUUGCGAAAGUUGUUGUAUUGGGCUCCUUCCUAGCCGCAGGACUUUUUCCGCAUGGGGCUUGCGCUGAGUCUAAUCUAUUUGGGCUCGAAAUGGAACCAUCGCAACACGUCAUGCACAUACGGAAGCUCUCGGAUAGUGACAAGUUAAGGAUCGAACUGGAACCAGUAUGGUUUCAGCUGGAAUCAACCGAGCAGAACGCGCCAAGCGAAAGCCAACAAGUCAAACGGCAGGCCGACCUGAAACGCCCGUUUAAAAUGUACUCCAACCGAGAGGAGCUGGCACGCCAUCAGCAGAAGAGGGAUUCAGAGCAUUCAGCAAGCGAGGAUACGGAUUCCUUCCUGAAAGACUUCUGGCAUAUGGAUCGGCCCAGCAAUUCGGCUUCGCGCGAGAUGGCAGAACAGUCCACCUCGCUAGAAGCACAACUUGCCGGCACCAACCUGCCGAGCUGCUUUCGAGCGUAUCUGCACGAAAUGUACGAUCGCAACAGUGAAAGCGUUCGCAAGCUGAUGCGCUGUCUGACGGAACAGACGGAUGAAGGUUGUCCGACCAAAGCCCGCCAAAGGCAGCGCGUUCAGUCAACGGUUUUCCACAGCCAGGAACGCGACUAUUAUCGCAACGAGGAUAGGCGCGUACGGAGGAUGCCCGAGCGGAAGGUGGUUCGGAAGCGAAAGUACGAAGAUCCGUCGCAGGAAGACACGUCGGACGAUGAAGACCUAAAGUUCGAACAGCUGUUUAUCCGCUCGGACAGUGACGGUGGUGGGCAGAUAUUCGAGCCUUUUAAUAAGGAAAGCGAUUCGGAAAGUGGUGACAGUGACGAACGCUCUUCGUCCGGUGACAGUCGAAGCAGCGACAGUCUUAAGAAGUCCCGAGAUCCGGAAUCACGUGAAUCGGAGGAACGUUUGUACACGGCUGCCGGUCGAUUGCGACCAGUUGCCUACAGACGAUUGCCCCAAAAGUAUAAUACGCGCAGUCAGCAGCAAUCGAGCUCGGACGAAUCGGAACAAGAUAGCAGCAGUGGCGAAGCGAGCGAUGAGUCUUGCGAAAAUUGUUAAUUCAAAUAAAUUAUGUGUUGAGUUUUACCUUUA